GAGAGAGAGAGAGACUUUUCAGACUGCUCCAAUGAACAAUCGUGACGUGGCAAUGGCGUUGCUACACCGCUGCGACAUACCACGUGUAAAUGCGCGUGGUAUGGAUUGGGCGGCCUUCAAUGCAGCUGGUCAUCGAGGGAGUGCAGGUGUGGUGCUGACAGGCUUGUUUGACGCAGAGGAGCUUGAAGAGUGGCGCGAAGGGGAAGUGCUUGCUCGCCACGGGAACGAGACAUUCUAUGCUGACAAUACCAGAGGCAGAUAUGCCCAUCCAAAGCUAGCAGACUAUGUAAAGUCCAAAAGAAAUGACAAGAUGAUAUUUGUUUCUGACACCCUUCGAGGGGCGUUUGGCCGUGCUUGGCGAAGUGCUCGUAAACCUCCUCGAAGAAAAUUGCUAAUAGACUUUGCUGAAAGACCCAUUUUUUCUAUUGGCGUCAGCGGUGGCUCUGUGCCGAGACACGGCAAUCAUCCAGAAACAUGGCAUGCCUUGUUGAGCGGCAUCAAAGCAUGGUGGUUGCCCAAAUUGGCUUCAAAGGCUUCCGCAGCUUUAGCAGCUUCAAGCUUUGAGGGUUGGGAUGACCCUUGUGGAUCAAUUCAGAAAACCAUUGAAGGCCACCAAGUCCCUACUGGCAUAAGCCUUUGUGUGCAGAAUCAGGGUGAAGUUCUUUAUUUUGGUGACAAUGUUGAGCACGCAACGUGCAGUCUCAGUGACUUCAGCUUGGCAGUCGGGGCUCAAGGUCAUACAGAGGCCUGGCCAGAUUUGCUUCGCGCAGCAAAUAGAGGCGACCUUGCAGCUGUCAAAAAAGCAUUGAAGCACAACUUUGCGAAUCCUAAUGCUCCAAGUACGCGAGAGCAGUUGGUUUCGGUAUUUGGCCGUUAUGGCCAUGCACCACUCCACCGGGCAGCUCUCCAUGGUUUUCCAGAGGUUGUGGAACACUUGCUCGCGGCCAGGGCAGAGCCAACACAGCGAGAUGCUGAGGGUUUGACACCAACCUUUUUGGCAGCUUUUAGUGGACAUGUCCAGGUGCUGAGGGCUUUAGCUGGCCAUGUGUCUGUGCCUAAAGAGCAUGAUUCUGAAGGAGCAACCCCACUGCAAUGGGCAGCAACCCAGGGGCAUCUUGAAGUUGCAGGCCUUUUGCUUGAACAUCAAGUUGAUGUCUCAACCACCAAUGAUGCCGGUGGAGGACCAAUGUCAGCGGCGGCUACCACAGGGCAUGUGGACAUGCUAAAGAAGCUUGCUUCUCAUCGAGGUGCCUGAACUCCCCCUGGUUACUAAGCUCGCCUUGUGGAAAGGAUGUCACUUGCCAUUGCUACCAAUUACCAACAAAAGCUCUUACGGGAGCAUUGCGUAGUAAACAUGAUUUAUAACCAUACUCUUUGUUGUGCCCAUCGAGGUGCCAUCCACGAAGUCGAUGUUCGAGGAAUGAUGCCUUUGCACUGGGCCGCCCUCCAUGGCCAUGCUGAGGUCGUACAAACUCUGCUGGAACUGAGAGCUGAGCCUCACGUACCCAACUUGAAUGAACAGAAGCCAGUAGACCUUGCUCAAGAAAGGUCUGUUUUGAAGUUGUUGCAGGAAGGGGGACCAACCCGUCAAUCGAAAAGGUGGAAACACAGCAGGUCAGAGUCUGAGUUGUGACUGUAUGGGAAAACAAAAGCACUUCUGUCCGCUGGACUACCACUGCUGCUGCUUCUCCAUUAUAGCAUUUUGAAG